AGUUCAACACGAGGACUUCAUUAUACAUAUAUCGGAACAACGCUUCAUUUCCAGCAACCUCGGACCUGUUUCCUCAGCCUAGUCACUUAGCCAUUGUCUUACUACAACGCCAUGGCGUUGAAGUCUCCCUCCUACACGUUGAAAACUCAGUGAGCACCAGUCCCUUCGACUCUUCUCUUCAGCUUGCUACCCUCAUAUAUUGUGAUGGGGUACUCAAUUGUUUGAUGGCCCAUCAUCCAAGUCCCCAUACCACUAAAGCUGCAGGUAGGUACCUUGACAGGAAAAGUAUGUAGUAGGGUUUUGCCGAGAGCAAGAAAUUGGAUAUCACUGUUCUUUCGAUAUUUGGGUCCGAAAGGCUUCGGUGACCGGAUGUCCAGCGUGAUGUGGCGUCGUUGUGUUUAUUCCAGACUGGACGUCAGUGAGCUCAAUACACCAUCUGCUUCUGAGCAAUUUGUAGAAUGUAUACCGCAUUGACUUCUUCGCACCAUGACCGCUUCAGUGCCAUGGUUCUCAUAUAAGACAACCUGCUUCUUGCUGCUCAGCAUCUGAACUUCUUCCCCCGGCAGCACUCCAACCAUCCCAAGGGAUUCUCACGGUAUUCAAAUCGUCACCACCAUGGCUUCGCUCACCCUUCGAGCUGCAGCGCUAGCAGCCAUCGCCCUAGUCCACGUUGGUGUCCGUGCAACAACCAUCGAACUCCCUCCCUGCCUUGACCCCUUCCAGCCUUUCAUCUACUCCGGCUGCUACGCCGACACCGGCAACCCUCACGCCCUCAGCCUGCGCAGCCAGCUCAACCAGCAGGACAUGACCAUCGAGAAAUGCGUCUCUGUCUGCAAGGGUAAUGGCUUUCGUUACGCAGGUCUAGAGUACUACGGCGUGUGCUACUGCGGCAACACCGUCAGCGGCCAGCAGAUUGACGAGGAGCAAUGCAACUACCCUUGCACCGGCAACUCCUCGCAGGUCUGUGGAGGCACUGAUAUCAUAUCCGUCUACCAGGAUCCCACUUUCUUGCCGGUUGAUGAGGUCACGGUUGCGGAUUAUGACCAUUUGGGAUGUUGGACUGAUGAUUCCGAGUACGGAAGGGCGUUGGCUUAUCCCCAGGAUCAGCUUGAAGGGUCUACCUUGACGACGGAGAAGUGCUUGCAAGCUUGUCGGGAUGGGGGGUAUCCGUUUGCCGGGACUGAGUUUGGCGGCGAGUGUUGGUGCGGUGUUGUCAUAGGCAACGGAACCUUCUCCGCCCCUGAUAGCGAGUGCGAUAUCCCUUGCAACGGAAACUCCACGCAGAUUUGCGGCGGACGUGCUCGUCUCAACCUCUACGUCGCCAACGAGCUUCAGUCACUCGAACCUUGUGGUUACGUGCCUCCCCCAGAAAGUAGUAGCAGCUCUUCCGUCACAGCAUCCUCAUCAACAACUCCAGUUGCUUCUUCGCAAUCUACCUCCGACAUAACCAGCUCGACGGCGACGACUUCUGACGUACCCUCUUCGACUACUACUUCUUAUGUCCUCAGCUCAACCACCACCACUUCCACCACUUCCAUCACUUCCACCACCCUAGCCACCACCCUAGCCACCACCACUUCGCCACCCCCUACCACUACCUUAACAACCACGUCCACCACCACCACCACCACCUCCUCCUCCUCCAUCUGCAAAGAAACAGUCACUCUCCCGCCCACCUGCGAGUACAAGUGCGGCAAAUGGUGUUCCUCCCCUUUGCCGGACUGGGACUCCCCCCAAUCCUGCUUCCCCAGCCACGCCAACUGCUUCCUCCAAGUAUCCGCCUGUUUCAAGCAAGCCGGAUGGCCGGGGGCGCUCGACUGCUUCGGUUUUGCCGAGUGGUGCUCGGCCCUGAGCACCUACUGCAAGGGAUCAAGCAAACCGGGGGGCAUCUGCUCCAAGAAGGAUUUCUGGAAUCACAAGCCGCCUUCGUCGCCCUCCCUUACCGGACCUGGUGUUCCGACAACGACGGUGAUUACGGUUCCUUGUCUCCCUGUUAGCACUGGCAAGCCGACAUCUACUUCCGUUCCAACGUCCACCAAAGCGGCCACAUUCACAACCAGCACCACCACCACCGGCACCAAAUGCCCAAUCCCAACAUCCACCUCCCUCUGCAACCCCCCCAAAAGCAACAAACCCCCCGUAGGCGGGAUCCCUCUCCCCGUAGUAACCUGCAACGACCUUCUCUCCUCUUUCUCGUCCGGUCACCCCUUCAAGCUGUACACGGACUCGGACUCGAGCAAGUGCAAGUCAUACGCUCGCUCGUCGUUCUCGACAGCCUGUCUGGAUGCGUGCCAGGAGCAGUACGAUGAUUGUGUGGAUGUGUACGCCAAGGGGUGCAAGGAAGGAAAGUACGGCAAGGAUGAUUCGACCUCGUACGCGGGGGCGGUGCUGAAGUGUAAGGAGCAGUAUGCGGAUUGUACGUUGGCGAAUUGGGGGAAGAAUGCGGGAGCGAAGUGUAAGGUUUGGGGGACGGGGCCUUGGUGA